AUGAUAGCUACUCGUUCAUAUUCUACACCUGCUACUCCCAGAAGAAUUGGUUCAUUCAGAGGAGGUCUCGUGGGAUUUCUCUUGGGAGUUGUUGCCACUGGUGCUGGAUCAUACUACUACCUUUUGGAUCAAUACAGAAUUGCCAACAACGUCGUGGUGGCUGACGUUGUGGCCUUGCAAAACUCGAUUUCCAACUUGGAAAAGCACAUCAAGUUGUUAGAGGACAAAAAGUGA